CCAGUGACACUGCUAGUCAAUUACAAAGAGAGGAGGAAAUGCUAAUGUUUACAACCAGUGAAGUGUCUCCAGUUUCCCAGUAAAACCAGUGAUAUAGGUCAUUUUGCUGCACGGAGUGAAAUGACAGUUAGAUAAUGUGUCAAAUUAAAUGACGAGGUUAAACAUUCAGCGUCCUGAUGGAUUGGGUGUUCGUCAUGAACCGGAUGAGCUCUCAGGGCAGCACGGCGGCCCAGCGGCGGCGCAUGGCCCUGGGGGUGGUGAUCCUGUUGUUGGUGGACGUCAUCUGGGUGGCCUCGUCUGAGCUCACCACGUACAUCUUCAAGCGGCAGGACUACAACAAGCCGUUCUUCAGCACCUUCACCAAGACCUCCAUGUUUGUUCUCUACCUGUUGGGCUUCCUGCUGUGGCGCCCCUGGAGGCAGCAGUGCAGUGGCGCCCUGAAGCGCCGCCAGUCUGCCUUCUUUGCUGACGCUGAGGCCUACUUCGCUCCCUGCACCACUGACAGCGCUGUGAACAACUGCUUGAGUGAGCCGCUGUACGUCCCGAUGAAGUUCCAGGACGCAGCAGCCGAUCCGUACGACUGUUUACCUGCAGACUGUGGAGCCGCCUCCAAAAAGCAGCGAGUUCGUUUCAGCAACAUCAUGGAGGUGCGUCAGCUGCCGUCCACCCAGGCUCUGGAGGCCAAACUGUCCCGUAUGUCCUACCCGGCCGCCAAGGACCACGAGGCCCUGCUGCGCACAGUGGGGAAGCUAACCAUCACCGAUGUGGCUAAAAUCAGCUUCUUCUUCUGCUUUGUGUGGUUCCUGGCUAACCUUUCCUACCAGGAAGCUCUGUCUGACACACAGGUGGCCAUCGUCAACAUCCUGUCCUCCACCUCAGGCCUCUUUACGCUCAUCUUGGCAGCCAUCUUCCCCAGUAACAGCAGCGACCGGUUCACGUUGUCCAAACUGUUGGCUGUGGCUCUCAGCAUGGGAGGAGUCGCUCUGGUGAGUCUGUCCAGCAUGGACAGCCCUGAUGAGAAAGGAGUCGUAGGCUCUCUGUGGUCGUUGGCGGGGGCCAUGCUGUACGCCGUUUACAUCGUCCUCAUCAAGAGGAGAGUGGACCGCGAGGAUAAGCUCGACAUCCCCAUGUUCUUUGGAUUCGUGGGCCUCUUCAACCUGCUGCUGCUCUGGCCCGGUUUCCUGCUGCUCCAUUUCUCCGGCUUCGAGGCCUUUGAGCUCCCCAGCCAGCUGGUCUGGACCUACAUCCUGAUCAACGGCCUGAUUGGAACCGUCUUGUCUGAGUUCCUGUGGCUCUGGGGCUGCUUCCUGACGUCGUCUCUGAUCGGGACUCUGGCUCUCAGCCUCACCAUCCCACUCUCCAUCCUGGCAGACAUCUGCCUGCAGAAGGUCCGGUUCUCCUGGCUGUUCUUUGCCGGAGCCAUCCCCGUCUUCCUCUCCUUCUUCAUUGCCGCGUUGCUCUGCCACUACAACAACUGGGACCCGGUGCUGCUGGCGCUGCGCCGCCUCUACACCUUUAUGUUCAGGAAGCACCGAGCGCAGAGACUGUCAGACGAACAGACUGAAAGCCUUAUUCCUCUGCACUCGGUUUCCCCUGAUGAGUGACCGUCCUUCUCAAGCCGUGGAGCCGCUGAGCCAACAGGCCGGAAGCUUCCUGGGCGUUGAACCUGUGCCUCUCAUCCAUCCAGCCAGCCUGAUCUUUUACUUUUGGUUCUUUGUGUCAGUUCUGGUUUUGUAGAACCGGUUCGGGGUCGGAUCGUCGUUCUGCUGAGUCAGCUCUACUUAGUGCUGCUGUUUUCAGAAAUCAGUUUAAAAUCAAACAUCCAGUUAAAUUCAACUUUAUUUGCUUCAUUUGAGGCGAAUGAAACCAGAACAGCUGAUCUGGACCUGAGAACAAACUGAAGCUCAGAACCACUAAAGAACUAAACGUGAUGGGGAACCGCCGCGUCACUCUGGACCAGAACACUAAUUUCUCCUGGAUGGAUUCACCUUUAACCUCAGAGGAAAUGAAAUGAUUCAGAUUGCUCUGAGUUUCCUCCGUUUAAUGGAGAUGGGAGCAGAAACCUGUUUCAGGUGAAGAAACACGUUUAUUUAUCAGUCACUACAGAUUUCUACUGAGUGAAGCUGAAAACGCAGCCGGCGCUUCCUGUCUGCUGGGACUUCUGUCCUCAAACAGAGCACUUCUUCUUCUUCAUCGUUCCUUCCUGUGAACUCUUCCUCAGCAGGAGAAAAGCCGACUCUUCUCGGUUCGUCCGGUUAAAUGUGCAAUGUUUUUGCUUCUUGGUUGGUUUUUGUUCGUUGCACUUUCUCUGUUUUUUUUUCUUCUGUGGUGAUUUCAGCUGAGAAGAUUUUAAAGAACAUUAAUGUUUAUCUUUUAUAAUGGUGCUUGUGAAAUCAUGGGUUGGUUUUUUUGUUCUCAGGUUCUCUGUCUUGUUUUGAGAAUGUUGUACAAUCUAAAUAAAAAGGCUUAAAACGUUAUAUUAUUAAUAAUAAUAAUAAUUGCCCCUUUAUCAACCAACUCGUGAAUAAUU